AUGUUCUCCUCAUUUCGAAAGGGGCCCGAUGACCCCAUGUACUUUCUCAAGCUGGCAGCCGACCAGGAUACGUCACCAGAUAAGGUUGAUCUUGGUGUUGGUAUCUACAGAAACGAAAGUGGUCUCUACAGUCAGCUCGGCUCUGUCGCAAAGGCAAAGGUAGUCUUGGCUGAGAGCGAUCCUGGUCACGACUAUGAGAUCACAAUAGGAAACCAGCGGUUCUUGAACCAUGCUGCCCGCCUCUUGUUCGGACAAGACUGCGAGCUCCUACAGUCUAGCAGAAUCGCCUCAGCUCAGACCAUCUCUGGUACGGGCGCCUGUCACGUCGCUGCUCUAGCCUUGAGCCAAUCCAUCUCUCCUCAUCCGAAAGUAUACGUCGGUACCCCUACCUGGGGUAACUACAAGCCAAUGUUCGAGCUCGUCGGCCUUGAAGUGAUCGAAUACCCAUACUUCGACUUCCAGACGCGAACCAUCGACUUCUCCUCCAUCAUCUCAGCAGCGCUGAAUGCACCCCCUCGAAGCGUCUUCAUCCUACAAGCUUGUUGUCACAACCCUACAGGCGCCGACCCUACAAGAGAACAAUGGCAGGAACUUGGUGCGGUGCUGGCACAGAACUCCCACUUUGUCCUUUUUGACAUUGCGUAUCACGGACUGGGCAAUGGCCUCGAUGAGGAUGCUUAUGCAAUCAGGCAUUUCGCUACCUUGGGCCUAGACAUGUUUGUAUGCCAGUCAUUCUCUAAGAACUUUGCUUUAUAUGGCGAGAGAUGCGGUGCCUUGCAUGCUGUAUGUUCGAGUCGCGACAUAGCGGCUGUUGUGCAAGAUCGACUUCGAUGCUUAAUACGGUGGGAGUUCUCAUCUGCACCGGCUUAUGGCAGUCGCUUGGUCACUAUUGUAUUGGACUCGGAUGACCUAACUGCAGACUGGGUCGAAGAGCUGUCCGAGAUACAGCACCGACUAAAGGCUCUCCGGAAACAACUGCAUCACAGAUUGACUCAAGUGUUAAAGACACCGGGAAAUUGGGACCAUAUUUUGCGAGAGAAUGGACUCUUCUCAUACCUCAGCCUCAAUCCUAAACAGUGCCAGAAAUUCAUCGACCAACAUCAUAUCUAUCUUCCACCGAAUGGUAGAAUCAACAUCUCAGGUCUCAGCCAGAGCAAUAUCAGCAGAGUCGCUGAUUCCUUAGAUCAGAUUAUACGUGAGGAGUCCGGGCAGGACAUCCAGACAAGGGCAGCUCUUUAG